CUUUGCAGAAGAGAGGAGAUGGAAAUGUGUGAGUCAGAGAGCCACAUGAAGAAAUGCUGCCCCUUUUGUCCUUUAGCGGUAUUGCAGGAGAACACCUUGAACAGCCACCAUGACUGAAAAGAAGAUGACAUCAAGCCGCAGGCAUCAUCUGAAGAGUUUGAUGCUGCAAAUUGGGACUGAUAUUCUGGAGAAGGAGGCAUCUGACCUUGUGGUAGCCAGAGAGGCCUACUUGGAUGAGAGCUGUCCAGCCCUUGACCUACCCAGUGGCAUGGAGGAGCUUCAGAAACUCUGCAAAGAGCUUCAUGGAAAGAUCGACAAAGUUGAUGAGGAGAGAUAUGAUGUUGACGCCAAGGUGACCAAAGGACAGAAAGAGGUUGAAGACCUGAAGAUCAGUGUAACAGAAUUGAAGGGUAUGAAGAAGCCAGCUCUGAAGAAAGUGCGUAUGUCCGCUGACCAGAUGCUUCAGGCUCUGCUGGGCUCCAAACACAAGGUGAACAUGGACCUGAGGGCCAACCUGAAGCAGGUCAAGAAAGAGGCCAAGGUUGAGGAGGCUGCUGUUGGUGACUGGCGUCAGAACAUUGAGGACAAGAAGGACAGGAAGAAGAUGUUUGAGGGCGCUGAGGCGUAAACAAAGUGAAGUGUUUCCAGAAGUUGAUAUUUGCCUCACAAACGGUGAACAUAGACAAAAUGGAUGGCAUCAGGAUGGCAGCCUGGGGCCAUUAUGUAUUAUUAUUUUUAUUUUUGCUCCAUGUUUUCAUGUUCAAUACAGUUUUUCUAUUGCCCAAUCAAUUUUCCCACGAAGAUGUACCAUGUUUACCCACUGCAGACUUAUAUUCAUCAUUAAACAUUGGGUUUUAAUUAACAUUCUGAUAUGCUUCUGUAGAUUCAUUAUUAUGUUCUGAAUUGGCUGUCAUAGUUUGCUGUGCUUUAGAUUAUGUUCCACUAGAUGUCGACAGAGCUUGCUUUGCUCCUCUUCCUCCUUCGCCUCUGCUCUGUCCCUUC